AUGUCCCACAUGAAAGAUAUAUGCAUAUAUUCACCUUUAAAAUCAAAUGAGAUAGAAGAUGUUGGAACAGACAUUGAAACAGAGAUAGAAAAAGGGAUCAACAAUUGGAUGAACAAGUCUGCUGACAGCUUGAAAUUUAGUUCUUUAUUAGAAGCACUUGGAACUGCAGGUUUCUCAUUUGCCAAAGAUGAGGCAUUUAAGACUUUACAAGAAGGCUUUAUAUCUGUUGUAUUUGGUAAUGAGAGUACACAAAGUAAAAAUUAUCCAGUGAGAACAGACAUUCCAUUCUACAGUAAAACGGAUGACAUUGCCAUACUGGAAGUUAACUGGACUCAGUUACCAGACCCAUUCCCCUUAGCAAGAUUCGGCAAUCUACCAGAAUGUGUUCAUGUUCUUGGUUAUCCAUAUUCUCGAGGAUACGAGCAAAUAUUUGAUCCAAGUUGUCCUUUGAUUGCCAAGGAGACACUGGCAAGUUCCAGCAGUGCAGCUGUACAGGGUUGUAAGGAAGCAUUUCCAGAUAUGGAUGUGAAUACAAUUGAAAGCACUUAUAAGUCUAUCUUCUCUAAGUCUGGAAAAGUUUGGCUUCAUUGCUCAAAAUCUACCACACAUGGAGCUUCUGGUAGCCCAGGAAUUAUUCUCUCCGAUCAUGAGGAACCAAAAGUGUAUCUUAUGCUGCAAGAAGGAGUUCCUGGGUUUAUUUAUGAUAAUCAGUUCAGAAAUCGUAUGGAGAAUUUAUCUUUUCCAAACAAAUUUGUCUUUGAAAGUGGUAUAAGCAUGUCAAAAGUUUAUACACUUCUCAGUAAACCAGAUCUUUUACAUUUACGAAAUGAAAUUUUUCACUUAACCCAGUAAAGUUCUUUGUUAAAUAUUUGUCAUCAGUGUAAUAUUGUAUUAAAAUUAAGCAGAAUGAAGAAGGAGGGGAGAUACUGUAAACCAACUUUUAUUGGUGUGCAUUUCACUACCAACUUUAACUCGCAAAUAUUAAUUGCUGUGAACCAUUUAUUUUGCUUCGUAUUUAUAGCAAAUUUUUCCUCAUUCGUAUAAAUUAAUCACUGAGCAUUGAUUUCAACUGACAUAUCGCCAGUAAAAGAUGACGAAUAAUAGUUGGUUUACAAUACACUAUCUCACUUUUUAUAAAUAAUGUUGAAUGUGUGUAUUUUAGAACUUUCUUGUCAGAAAGCAGAAUUGCAGAAAUAAAUCAUGACUAAAAUGUUCAUGUAAAGAAAAGUAAAAAUUUAUGCAUAUUGUACAUGUGUACUUUCUGAAAAAAAACAAUUGCCAUUUAAUUUGCAAAUUGAAAAUCAAGCAUCAGUGCCUCUGAUUUAUUGAUAUUCUUGAAGGUUGAGUCAGUCUGAGAAUAGCACUGACAGGAAUUGGAAAUGUGAAAUUUACAUCUGGGCAAUCAUCAUGAUCAUUCUGGAAGAAAUUUUACUGAAAAUAAUUCUAUGAAUAUGCAAACAUUUACAUGCAAGUUGUAUAAUUUUAAGUCAUUCUUAUGUAUCUUAUGCUUAGUUUUCAAAGUAUGGCCAUCAUUAAAAAUAUUUUUUGUUUGAUGUACCAUGACCCACAUUUUUCAAGUUGGGUAAGUAGGGUUCUUGUUUGUUUUAUUGUUUGUUUGUUUGUUUUUUUUUUUUGUUUUUUUUGUUUUUUUUUUUGCUUAAUAGUAUUGAUCAAAUAAAAUAUCAAUUUUAAGGACAAAUCUCUAAAUUUGUGUCUCGCUAAAAUUUCCACUUAUAUAGUAUCUGUUUUGUUUUUAUGAUAUAAUUUUUUAUAUACAU